CAGGGUCAACCAAAAACACUUGGCCUGAUGGUUCAUGCAGAUACUGGGGGAGCAAUGCGACCAUGUUAUUUCGGGGAAGCAUAUUUGAUUCUGAGUUCAGACAUAUGAAGUUUGUAUGAAUGCCGAAGAAGUUCCAGGGCGAGAACUCCAAGGCGAUGACUGCCAAGGCCCGCAAGGCAGAGGCCAAAGCUGUGGAAGACUCCCGCAAGAAGAAGGAGCUGGAGGAUGCUUUAUGGCAGGAGAACGAUAAACAUGUCCUGAAGAAAGAACAGAGGAAGGACGACAAGGAGAAGAAGCGCCUUGAGGCCCUGGAGAGAAAGAAAGAGAACCAGCGGCUCUUGGAUGAGGAGGCUGCAAAGAUUAAGGGCAAGGCCAAGGAGGCGGCUGCUGCUGUGGUGGCAUGCAAAGUGACCCGGGCCCAGAUUGAGGAGACGCUGCGUAUUGAGCAGGCGUUACAACCGCAGGAACAACCGAAAGAGAAAGAGAAGAGUCAACUGGAGUCACCCCUGGAGGAGAAUGUGAAUCGCCUCAUCCCUGAGGAAGGUGCAGUGGACGCUAGAUCCAUAGAGGAUGCCAUUGCUGUGCUCAGCACGGCUGAAGAGCUCGACCGCCACCCCGAGCGCAGGGUGAAGGCAGCGUUCGCCGCGUACGAGGAACUGAACAUGCCCCUCCUUAAAAAAGAGAACCCCAACAUGCGGCUGUCGCAGCUCAAGCAGCAACUGAAAAAGGAGUGGAUGAAGUCGCCAGAGAACCCCCUGAACCAGCGCUUUGCCAACUACAAUGCCAAGUGAACCAACUCCAGCAGCAGCUAACACAAAACUGUUACCUAUGCAUAUUGGACCUUACAAUGGAAGAUGCCUCCAACCUAGAAUUAUUCCCCCAUUAUGAAUACGUUGCUGGAAAAGCUGCACUCAUUCCCUAGGAAGGACCUCUGAUGCAAGGAAUCACCUUGGGACUUCAGCUUGUUUCAUUUAGAGGAGAAGCAAAUUCCCCCCAAGUUCCUGAUGAUUUUUCUGUUACUGUGAAUUCCCACUUGUGAAGCAUCUCAGUGGUUUAUGGAUUUUAUUCCCAUGAUCAGUUUUUGGCACUUAAAUUGAAAAUGGGGGGGGUGUGACAGAAGUUUGAGAUUAAAAGUAAUUUAUUACAGUUCACAAUACUAGCAUCUAAUUGUUUCUGAGAAUGAGAUUACCGGUCAUGUCGCUCUGUAUAAGAGCGUCUGCUAAAUGACUAAAAUGUGGUCUGCACUCUUGCUAUAGUAACCACCUCCUUUUAAAGGCCCAAUUGAGUUUUAUACAAAUAUGACAUUUCUGAGUUACAAUUAAGUACCUUACUGUACUAGUUUUCCAUUAAAAUUGUAAAUUAUGUU